AUGGGUGGAAAAAUUGAUAGGACUUUGAAUAAUGGUACUGCACCACCUGUUUUCCGCUUACACGGUCAGAAUUUCCACCUUUUGGGAAGCCUAAUGCCUGAAUUUGGCUCUCGACCGAAGUUUGCUCAAUUGUACAUAUAUGAUACUCAAAACGAAAUACAAAAUCGCAUCGAUGCAAUUAGAGAAGAUGAUGUUCACAAUAAACUACAUGCAGAGAUAGUACAAGACAUACAAGACGCAUUAGAUCAAAACAAUGUCUUAGUAAAAAGUUUUCGCAUGGCAAGAACAGAGAUUGAAACAAAUCCGAUGGCAGAGAUUAAGAUCAAAUUAAUAGGAAAGAGGAAUAAGGAUGCGCGAACGUAUAAUUUACCACAAGUCAGUGAAGUGGCGGCUUUGAUAGUGGGAGACUUAGAUCCAAAUAUGGGAGAACGUGAUAUCUUGGUGGAAUCAAGAUCUGAUGCUCUGACCCAUGGUGAACUUGAUCCAUCUGCCCAAGGCCGUCGAAUUAUUUUGCCUUCAACUUUUACAGGUGGUGCAAGAUAUAUGGUCCAAAAUUACCAGGAUGCGAUGGCAAUAUGUCGAUGGAUUGGGUAUCCAACUCUCUUUAUUACAUUCACAUGUAACCCAAAAUGGCCUGAAAUUGUCAGAUUUUUGGAAGAGAGAAGGUUAAAGGCAGAAGAUCGGCCAGAUAUAAUAUGUCGUGUCUUUAAGAUGAAGUUAAAUGCUCUAAUCAAGGAGAUUCGUAAAGAAAACAUAUUUGGUUCUGUUCUAGCAGUGAUUUAUACCAUUGAAUUUCAGAAAAGAGGUUUACCGCAUGCCCACAUAUUGUUGUUUCUGGCAAAUCACCGUGGGUCUGUGGCUGCAACAGAUUUAGACAACUUCAUUUCAGCAGAUAUACCAAGUGAGUUGUGCGACCCAGAGUAUCACAAAGCAGUAGAAGAAUUUAUGAUGCACGGUCCGUGUGGUACGUGUAGGAAGAAUUCACCAUGCAUGGUUAAUGGUAGAUGCUCCAAAUAUUAUCCAAAGAAAUUUGUAGAGAAAUCAACAAUGGAUGAAGAGGGUUAUCCUGUUUACCGUAGGAGUGACAACGGUAGGACCAUAAAGAAAAAUGGUAUUGAUCUAGAUAGCAGGUAUGUCGUUCCACACAACAGGCAUUUAUUGGUGAAGUAUAGGGCUCAUAUAAAUGUAGAGUGGUGCAAUCAAUCCAGAUCAAUUAAGUACUUAUUUAAGUAUGUGAACAAGGGGAAUGAUCGGGUUACGGCUGAAUUCUACAACAGUGUUGCUGAUGAAGCUAAUGGAAAGGUAAUCGAUGAGAUCAAGAUGUAUUAUGAUUGUAGGUAUAUUUCACCCUGUGAGGCAGCAUGGAGGAUGUUCGCCUUUGAUAUACAGACGAGGGAUCCGUCUGUAGAGCGCUUGAGCUUUCAUCUACCAAAUGAGCAAUCAAUCAUAUUUAAUGAUGAUGAUGUUGUCAAUGAUGUUGUUAACCGUUCAACUGUGAGACAAAGUAUGUUCACGGCAUGGUUUGAUGCUAACAGCAAAUAUAGCGAGGCAAGAAACUUGACUUACGCUGAAAUGCCAACAAAAUUUGUAUGGAAAAAAGAUAAGAGAGAGUGGCAUCCAAGGCAAAGGAAGUUUGCAAUUGGUCGUAUUUUUUAUGUUCCGCCAAAUAGCGGAGAAAUCUUCUAUCUUAGAUGUUUACUUAAUAUUGUGCGUGGACCAAGGUCCUUUGAUGAAAUUAAAUAUUUUGAGGGGGUGCAGUAUACUUCAUUUAGAGAUGCCUGUUAUGCACAUGGUUUAAUCGAGGAUGAUAAAGAGUAUGUUGACCCGAUUAGUGAAGCAGCGAUAUGGUCCUCAGCACAUUCUUUACGUAAAUUGUUUGUAACCUUAUUGACAUCAAAUUCAAUGGCGAAACCAGAGAAAGUGUGGGAUAUUGUUUGGCAAUACCUAGCUGAUGAUGUUGAGUUCAAUGCUAAAAGAAAUACAAGUAAUCCAGAUUUGAUGCUCAAUGACGAACAGAAGAAAAAUGGGGCACUAAUGGAAGUGGAAAAGUUGUUGAAUGCUUGGAACAAGUCUCUAAGUGAUUAUCCACCAAUGCCGAUGCCAGUGGAAAGUCAUGAAUACUAUUUCGGUAAUCGGUUGUUAUACGAAGAAUUGGCGUAUGACAAAGAAGCUUUAAAGCUAGAACAUGAAUCUCUGUUUUCUAAACUAACUGAUGAACAAUUACUCAUAUACAACAAAGUGAUUGUGGAUGUUGAAUCUAAUAAAGGUGGUUUGUUCUUUGUUUAUGGAUAUGGUGGAACUGGCAAGACAUUUUUAUGGAGGACACUGUCGGCUGCUUUAAGGUCAAAGGGACAAGUUGUUUUGAAUGUAGCAUCAAGCGAGUUCCGAGCUAUAUUAGCUCUAACAUUAGAUGUUGUGGACAAGGUGAAUGAAUACAUGAACAGUAUGAAUGAGGCAACUUCCAAGACAUAUUUGAGCUGUGAUUCGGUUUGCAAGUCAGAUACAAGUUCUGAUAUGUUAUCGGAGGUUCACACUACAGAGUUCCUUAACAGUUUGAGAUGCUCCGGUGUUCCAAACCAUUCUUUAACAUUAAAGAGGAAGCAAUUUCCAAUAAUGUUGUCAUAUGCUAUGACAAUAAACAAGAGUCAAGGACAAACUUUAUCUAAUGUCGGACUACUAUUAAAGAAACCCGUGUUUAACCAUGGACAGUUGUAUGUAGCAGCAUCUCGG